CCCCCGCCAGCGGCCCGGUUUGAGCCUGUCGGUUGGCGAUCUUUGCCCGGAGCUGCGAUUCGGUCAUUUUCCAAAGUUAAAGCUUUGAAAAUUUUUUUAAACUUUUGGAACUGGUAGGAAAGGACACUUUCUGCAAAUUCAUUUGGUGGAAAGCUUUGCCAUUUCACAAAACACAGCUAAUAUGAUUCAUUGGAUGGAGUCGUUGCUUUUUCAGUCAUCUCCAUAUUUUGAAAUAAUCGCCUAACCGUAUUUAUUGGAAGGUUUUCUCCAAUUUUGCUUGUUAAUAUAAUCUUAUGUUUUUUUCCUUUCCAGUUUUGUUACUUUUUUUUGUUCUUUUUAGAAAUUCUUAUUGAUAUACUAUUAUUAUAAAUGUUGGGGAUAAUAUAGCAAAAUACUAAAUUUAAUCCUUUUAAAUCUUUCACCCUGAACUUGAACUUGAACUUAUCUUUAUCCACAAGAAAAGCUUUUUUUCAUACUUGCAACAGAUUUUUUACCAAAAUGACAAUCCCAUCUGAGUUGAAACCCUUGGGUGAUCCCUUGGAACAAGCUAAAAGAGCUGCUGCUUAUAAGGCUGUUGACGAAAACAUAUCGUUGAAUUAUAAGUAUGUCGGUAUAGGCUCAGGUUCUACUGUGGUAUAUAUUGUGGAAAGGCUAUCUCAAUUGCCCCUUAGCAAAAACUUCAUUUAUGUCCCAACUUCCUUUCAAUCAAAGAAAUUGAUUUUGGAUUCCGGUCUAAGGCUAUCCAAUGUCGACGAUAUAAAUAUUGACAGUGACCAUGUGUUGGACAUAACCUUUGAUGGAGCUGAUGAAGUUGACACCUCUUUGAAUUGCAUUAAAGGUGGUGGUGCCUGUUUAUUUCAAGAAAAACUAAUUGCUUCCUUAUCCAAGAAUUUUAUAAUCGUGGCAGAUUACAGAAAGAAAUCUCCUUCUUACUUGGGCGUAAACUGGUUGAAAGGUAUUCCAAUUGAAGUCGUUCCAAUGGCCUGGAGUAAAAUUAGAAACGAUUUGCUUAACAAGUUUUCCGCAAACAAAGUCACUUUAAGACAAGGUGGUGUUAAUAAAGCUGGUCCGGUUGUAACUGAUAAUGGAAACUUUAUACUAGACGUUGAGUUUGGAAUAUUGGAUGUUGAUUCAUUUGAUUUAUUGAAGUUCAAUCAACAAAUCAAAAACCUUGUUGGUGUUGUGGAAACUGGUCUUUUCAUAAGUAUGGCUAAAAAAGCUUAUUUUGGUCAUGGUGAUGGUUCUGUUUCUUCAAUUUCUAGCACGAAUCUUUUAAGGAAAAAGAAACUUUACUGAUUGUUUCACACAUUAAAUCACAAUUUUUUUUUUUUUCGUUUAUUUUAGUCUACCUAUUAUGAUUUUCUUAUAUUACAAUUCGUUAAGAUUCAUUUAGAAACACGCCGUUUUUUUUUGUUUUUUUU